CAGAGCACGGGCAGUCUCCCGGGCCGGCCCCCGCCUAAGACAACAACAACAUAACCCAGCCUGGCAACACACACCACUGUUUCAGCUCCAGCCCGUCCCCGCUGCUGCUGCUGCUGCCACUGACGACCAUGGCUCCUGUCCUCCUGAGUGUGCGUCUGGACGGAACCCUCUGACUCGGACACCGCGCACCAUGGUCGAGGCCGUGGCUACAGCUCAUGUUUAAACCCCCUUUUUUGCAUGGAAGGAGCCAGGGAUUAACUGCCGUUGAGGAGGUUGCAAGAAGGAGUUGGUGUCGAGCCGGACUACUAUGCUCCAGCUUGAGGGCACCAAGUGCAGCUUCUUGUUCUGCCUGGGAAUCUGCAUCCUCCUCUGCUCUGUCAUCUACCUGAGGACCCGGACUCACGCAGGCCCCCAUGCCCAGAGCGGGCCUCUCAGCUGCAGGGCCUUCUCCCCCUACUGCCAAACCUUCCUCCCCAGCACCACCGACGAAACACAAUGGCAACACCGCGACUGCAAGGUGGAGAGUGAGGUGGGUCUUCUGGAACAUGUCAGCGGCCAGGUUCUAGACUGCCCACAGCUGCUCAGAGACCUCCACUUCAUCACCAGCUCUUUGAGCCGCGAGGAGGAAGACUAUCCCUUAGCCUUCAUCCUCACCGUCCACAAGGAGCUGGCGCUGUUCAUCCGCCUCUUACGGGCCAUCUACGCACCCCAUAACGUCUACUGCAUCCAUGUGGAUGUCAAAGCCUUGCCGGAGUACCGGGCCGCCGUCGAGCAUGUGGUGGGCUGCCUUCCAAAUGCUUUCCUGUCCAGCCGCAGCGAGACGGUGACUUACGCAGGCUUUUCGCGUCUCCAGGCCGACAUCAACUGCAUGAGGGACCUGGUGAAGUCGCCGGUGGCCUGGAGGAAGGUCAUCAACCUCUGUGGCCAGGACUUCCCCGUCAAGAGCAACCUGGAGCUAGUACGCUACAUGCAGAGCAAGGAGUGGAGGGACCGAAACAUGACCCCUGGGGUCAAGCAACCCCCAGUCAUGAAGCACAGGACCGAGUUCCAUCACCGGGAGGUCAUGGGCUCUCACGUUGUCCAAUGGGGGAAAGACCAGAAGAAGCCCCCACCCCAUGGCCUGGAGGUUUACUUUGGUACAGCUUACUACGCCCUAACCAGGCCCUUUGUGGACUAUGUUCUGGAGAACCAGGUGGCCCGCGACCUACUAGAGUGGUCCAGAGACACUUUCAGCCCCGAUGAACACUACUGGGUCACACUGAACCACAUCAAAGGAGUACCAGGAAGUGACUUAGAUGGAGGCUGGGAUGGAGCGAUCCGGGCGAUAAAGUGGAAAGAUCAAGAGGGAACCGCACAUUUUGGAUGCAAAGGUCGAUACGUCAGGGACAUCUGCAUCUACGGUCUGGAGGAUCUGCAGUGGAUCAUCAACAAAAACAGCAUGUUUGCCAACAAGUUUGAGAGCGGGAACUUCCCCGUGGCCCUGGACUGUCUGGAGCUGUGGCACAGAAACAAGGUCCUGCAGCAAGCCUCUGUUCCCAUAGAGCCCUCCUGGCUCCUGAUCGCACUGGGCAACGGCACUGUCUCCACCAGCAGUCCUUCCAACGCCACCGCGGGACUCUGAGACAGCAGCAGGUCAUCCGGCUGGAAGACUGCGGAGCUACUAUUAAAGACAUGGCCCUCCAGAGAUUGAAGCUACGUUUUCUCACAGGUUUGAAGAUCGACCCUGCGCUAGUGAAAGCUACUAUCAAAGGCUAGACUUGAUUGUAUGUGUGGUAGGAUGGUCCUUCAAUCUCAAAUGUCCUGAUGAUGGCCAUAAUCUGGGAAGGUGAUAGAGGCAGUUUGGGGAAUCGGGCUUUUAUGAGACAGAAACCCCAUCUAAUCAGGAUACUGGCAGCUAAAAGUGGACCCAGGCUCCAAAUGCUAGCAUGAGCAGGCUUAUUACAACACAAAAAAAAAAUAUAUCUAUUUUCCUAAAUUCACAAUAUACUGAAAUCUUGCACAGAUGAUUAGACUGUGAGCACCGACAUAUCUUGUUUGGUUGAGACGCUCUGUGCUAAAAAUAGGCUUGGUGUAUCACUAAGGGCAGAGUGGCUUAGGGGAUGGCGCAAUAAGAGAUUCUCCAGAGUUCUCACACACGUCACAGGGGGCUAUGGGGCAUGUAGUCUGCGCUCACAGAGGCUAACUACAGAGCCAUGUAGUCUGCGCUCACAGAGGCUAAAUACAGACCCAUGGGUAUUCAGUCUGCAAAGUCCAGCUCAUGUCAUCUUUUUUUUCUUAUUUUUUCAUAUUAUAAAUGUACUCUCUGCUGCUAGGUUUGAUCCCCACUGUAAAGAGACCUACGUAUUGUUGAAUCCAGUGCUACAUUUUCUGGUGUUCGUUUUCAACGGCCCAUGGCUACAACUCCUGUCAUAAGAAUUUGUCCUUGUUUUAAGGAUUCAGCCAUUU